AUGUACAGUGAGCUGUGUGCGCGCUGCCUGAAGCACAACAAGUCGUGCGCGCGCGCGUGGGAGCUCAAUGGGUCCAUUGCAGAGCGGGAGCAGGCGUACGCGGACGCCGCCACAAACUACGAGGCGGCGUGGCGGCUCACGGGGCGCUCCGACCCCGCUGUGGGCUACAAGCUGGCCUUCAACUACCUCAAGGCCGGCCGCCUGGUGGACGCCAUCGUCGCGGCCCAGGGCGUGCUCAAGGCUGACCCCUCAUACCCCAAGAUCAGGAAGGACGUCCUGGAGAAGGCGCGGGCGGGCCUGAGGCCGUGA